UAUGCCACAAGUUUAAACAUUAAUCGGAUUUGGUUGUGUCUGGGCCAGGGAGCCGACAUCUGGGCCUACAUCUUUCGGCAUGUGCACAGUCAGAGGAGUGUCAAGAAGGUCCGAGGGAACCUGCUCUGGUAUGGCCACCAGGACAGUGCAGAGGCUCAUCGGAAGUCGGAGCUGGAAGCCACCGUGGCCCGCCUCCGGGCAGAGAUCCAGGAGUUAGACCAGAGCUUGGAGCGGAUGGAGCAGGACACUGAGGCUCAGGACAGAGCAGUGGAGCAGGCACUGCAGAGCAUGCGCACCGCCCAGCGGCGAGCCCUCCUCCUGCGGGCCCACGCGGCGGCCCUACAGAGACAGCAGCGCCGGCUCCAGGGGUCCGGGCAGCGGCUGCAGAAUCAGCUCCGGCGCCUGCAGGACCUCCAGAGGAAGGCCAAAGUAGACGUGACCUUUGGACCCCUGACACCAACGACCCUGGGCCUGGAGCCUGCAGUCCUGCAUGAUGUCCGAGCGGCCUGCACCCUCCGGACCCAGUUCUUACAGAAUCUCCUGCGUCCCCAGGCCAAGGGAGGCAGCACCGUGACCCCUCGGGAGGACCAGUUUGGAACAUCCUACCAUCAGUGGCUGAGCUCAGUGGAGGCCCUGCUGACAGAGCACCCCCCGGGCCACGUCCUGGCUGCUCUGCAGCACCUGGCUGCCGAGCGGGAGGCAGCCAUCCGAACCCUGGGCGGUGAGGACCAACUCCCAGCUGCAGAGACAUCCAGGCCCCAGCCCCCGGACUCCAGCCAGGCCCUGCCGUCCACCGUCCACCUCAUCCAGGAGGGCUGGCGGGCUGUGAGCGUGCUGAUCACCCAGAGGGGCCCUCUGCUGAAGGAGCAGCAGGUCCUGAGCCAGCGUCUCCAGAGCCUGCUGGUGGAGACCGAGAGAAGCGCCCUCGGAGACAGGGAGAGGCAGGCCCUGGUGCUGGGACUCCGCGGCUGUGGGCUGUGGGCGGAGCUCAAGGCCCUUCGCGCCCAGAGCCAGGAGCUGGAGGCGGCUGCCGGGCAGCGGCAGCUUCUGCUAAGGGAGCUCCAGGCCAAGCAGCAGCGGAUCCUGCACUGGCGCCAGCUCAUGGAGGAGACACAGGAGCAGGUCCGCCUCCUUAUCAAGGGAAACUCAGCCAGCAAGACCCGCCUCCGCCGGAGCCCUGGAGAGGUGCUGGCACUCGUUCAGCGAAAGGUGGCCCCCACCUCGGAGCUGGUGGCGCCCCAGAGCCAGGAGCUGCUGCGCUGUCUGGAGGAGGAGGCCCAGCAUCUGCCCGGCCUUGUGCUGGGCACCCUGCUCCGGCACGCCCCUGGAGGGUCAGCGCCCCUGCCCACGGUGCUGCCGUCCAUCCACCAGCUGCACCCCGCAUCCCCAAGGGGCUCUAAGUAUGUGGCACUAAGCCACAUACUCGGGCUGCCAGCAGGCAAGGCCCCAGAGCUGCUCCUCCCAAAGGUGGCCUCUCUGCACCAAGACCUCGUGUUCCUCCAAGGGCAGCGGAACUUGCUGCACAGGGAUCUGCUACACCUGAAGACGGGCCUGCCCCCCGGCUCCUCUGCCCCUGAGCUGCUGCAGAUGCAGGCGUCACAGGAGAAGGAGCAGGACGGCGUGGACCAGGCGCUGUGGCUGUUGGAGAACCUGCUGAAACAGGCGUUGGAGCGGAUCCCUGAGCUUCAGGGAGCUGUGAGAGACUGGUGGGAGCAGCCAGGCCAGGAUGCCCUCUCUGGGGAGCACUGCCAAGGUCUGACCUUGUCCCAGUGGCGGCUGCGCUGGGUCCAAGCUCAGGAGGCCUUGCAUCGGCUGGGCAGGUGAAGAGGAGUCUCAGGCGCCAAGAGCAUCACGUUCAUUCACCUGAACACCCACCUCCCCCAAUAAAACGUGUGGAAGAAG